AUGGUCCGCGUAUCUGUCUUGAACGACGCUUUGAACAACAUUGUCAACGCCGAGCGUCGCGGCAAACGCCAGGUGCUCAUCCGCCCCUCGUCAAAAGUCGUCGUCAAAUUCUUGUCUGUCAUGCAGCGACAUGGCUACAUUGGCGAGUUUGAAAUCGUCGAUGAUCAUCGUUCUGGAAAGAUUGUUGUCCAACUUAAUGGACGACUGAACAAAACUGGUGUCAUCUCGCCUCGUUUCAACGUGCAGGUCAACCAAAUCGAAAACUGGGUCAACUUGUUGCUCCCCUCUCGUGGUUUCGGCUACAUCAUCUUGACCACUUCCGCCGGUAUCGUCGAUCACGAGGAGGCACGAAGAAAGCACGUCGGAGGCAAAAUCUUGGGAUACGUGUACUAG